AUGUCUGAAAACCGACCAUCACCGAGUCCUUCUUUCCGCACGGCUAUUAAGGACGAAGAGGAUGAAAGAGAAAGAGAGAGAUAUAAGUUGAGGCAACUCCAGACGGAGUCACACGCAGCAACUACAUCGCUGAGCCGAUCUGCCUCGCAAGGAGCAGGCUCUAAGAGGUCCUUCGAAUGGCUGGAGACAUCCUCAUCCAAGUCUAGGGCAGAGCCGGCCCAUGCUCGCUCGAUUGGAGUUCACUCUAUCUUGAAUCCCACCGAGGGCGGUGACUUGGAAUCCACGUCUCGGCCAUCCUCUCCAAAACAGCGGUCUUCAUCGUCCCCUUUGGCUGCUAUCCAAAUGACUAGUGCCCAAUAUCCCAAGCACAACGGACCUUCAGUUUCACCACACAACCAACCCCGGCGAAUCAUCACACCCGUUUCACCUUCUGUACGCCACGCAGCUGUUAAUAAUGGAAAAUUCGUCCCCGCUUCAGGCAAAGUGAGCGUUACAGAAUCACCGUUUGUGCUGGCGCCACCAACGAGAACCUACAGCACCCAGGCGAAUGCCCCAACGUCGACGGAGGCAAGAGUUUCGCCCAAAAUAACUCUUCCUAGCCUGAAUGCCCCCAUAUAUUCUUCACGGCAUUCAACUCCAGCCUUGCACCACAGCCGUCACCCUAGUGGAGGACUGGCGACGAACCCGAGCUCUCAAGCCUCCAGCCCCAGCACGCCUCACUCAACAUUCAGCACAUUCGCGCAGUCUUCUCCAUCAAUAGCGCCUGGGUUACUGCAACCGCCUGUGCAGUCACCGAUUGACUCGCAGCCAUCGUUCGGUGGCAUGGAGCCUUUGAGUCGUACGCCGAGCCGGAUGAGCAGCUCAAGGUACGGGGAGGAGCACGCUCAAGCACCUCUACCAGGACCCCCUGAGAUGCUUGGUCAGAGCGGACCUUUGAUUCCGCUGAUGAUCGACCUGAAGUCAGGAUCGAGGAGCCAGGCUGAAAAACGCAAGGCCAAUAGUGACGCGUCCCGAAGAUUUCGCAACCGCAAGAAGAAUGAAGCGGUUCUUGAACAGAGAAUCACGCAGUUGAUGGAGCAACUGCAGUCGGUCACAGAUGAAAGGGACUAUUACCGGUCUGAGAGAGAUCAUUUCAGAGACACCCUCAUCCGUCACGUCGGCGCCGGACAGAUGCCUUCUCGACCGGCAUCUCCACGGCACCACAGGGCCAGUGUGGGAAACAGCGACAACAUCAAGGUGGAGGGCACAUCCAAGAGUGCCGGAGCCAGCCCGUCCAUGGCUUCUUUGCAGCCUCGGCCUCCUUCGCUUCCGGGGUCAAUGCCUCGUUCUGGUAACGAGGCUCCCGGUUAUACACCACCUCCAAUCAGCCAGCACCGUUCCUCGUACCCUGGUUCAUGGCCACCACCUGGCACCGCAGGUGGUGAAGGAUCCCAAGGCCCAUACCGACCUGACGCUGGCUAUGCUAGCAACUGGAAUCGCUCUUAA